AUGGCUGGCGUUGUGAUGGAAGCGGCGCUGCCAACGGCGCGUCAAGGGGUUGGGGGUUUUCUCGAAACGAGCUUGUUUGCCGUGUCGCGCAAGUUGUGGACCACCACAUCCCGCUCUGUUUGCAACCCGCACCCCUCCCCUGUUUGUGACCAGUUCAAGAUGGCCGAGGCCGUACUGGCGCAGGAUCCUCAGGCGUUGGUAGUGUUGGAUCACAGCGUGCUCGAGACGUUGGAGAGCGUUCCUAAUCUGUAUCAAGAAGCAAUGAAGGUGAUUCACGAGAAGAUUGCGGCGAUGCAGGCGUUGCGCAGCCAGCCCACGCUCAAUGGUGAGCAAAUGCAGGAAUUUGGUGACCUCGCCCAUGGCCUGAAGAGCGGCACCUGCAUGAUCGGCUGUGUACGGUUGGCACAUGUUUGCAACCAGCUCGGUGCGUGA